AUGAUGCUCCUUGUCCUGUUGCCAGCCUGGCUGGCCAUAGGUAUCCUGCAGCUGCCCCUCAGCAGUGCCCAGGAGUGCUUGAGCCAGCAGCAGGCGCUCAGUGCGGUGCAGCAAAUGCAGAGGCUGCUGGCAGCACAGGAGGCUGCCCAACUGCACGGCAUACUUGGCCUCCAGCAGCAGCUCCUUGUCCUUGUCCUCCAGACCCAUCUCCAGAGGCCGGCCACCAAAUGCAAUGAGACCUGUCUGCAGCCAGUGGUGCCCCUGAAUGUACGGGUGCUGGGCUGGAGCAUGCAGGUGGGCCAUGACAUUCACUUUGUCUGUGACGCUGGUUUCCAGCUGGUGGGCUCCGAGACACGCACAUGCCGGCAGGACCACACGUGGAGUGGCACUCAGCCCUCCUGCAGAGCCUGGGUGGCACUGAGCACUGCCUCCUUCAGCUGCCAACCCCAUUGUGCCGAGGGCCGCCUGGGCUCCCGGUGCUGCAUCUGCGACCCCGGCUUCCAGAUGCGAGACAGUGGCUUGUGCCACGACGUGGAUGAGUGCCAGCUCUUCCAGUCCAUUCCCCAGACCCAGCUUUGCCUCCAUGAGUGCCUCAACCUCCCUGGCUCCUACCGCUGCCUCUGCUCACCUGGUUACCUGCUCCAUGCCGACUACAAUGCCUGUGAAGAUGUGAAUGAGUGCACCGGCAAGCAGCACAACUGCACCCAGAGCAACGUCUGCAUCAACACCUUUGGGGGCCAUGGCUGUGUGCGCCCCAAGUGCCCCCCACCACGCCACAACACCAGCUGUGUCAAGACCUCUGCUUUUCAGUGUGAGAGGAACCCCUGCCCCAUGGGGAGCCAAGCUUGCCCUGCUCCAACUUCCAUCUCCUUCCACUACCUGCCGCUCCAGGCCAACCACAUUGUGCCCCAUGUGCUCUUCAAGAUGUCCACCACGUGCUUCGUGGGUGACAGCCUGCACUUUGCCAUCACGGAUGGCCGGGGCCAAGGUGUCUUUAUUGUGUGGCGCUCUGACCGGCAGGCGGGAGAGCUGGUAUUCACCAGCCCUGUGGUGGGACCAGCCACGCUGGAGGUGGAGCUGGAGAUGAGCGAGUUCUCCCGCAAGGCCUUCCUGGGCAAGCACGUCUUCAAGGUCACAGCCUUUGUGUCCCCAUAUGGGUUUUGA